AUGAAAAUUAUUGACUAUUUUGUUAUUAAAACAUACAUAACGUCAAGUGUGAGUGUGGCAAGUGUGAGUGUGGCAAGUGUGGCAAGUGUGGCAAGUGUGAGUGUGGCAAGUGUGAGUGUGGCAAGUGUGAGUGUGGCAAGUGUGGGCAAGUGUGAGUGUGGCAAGUGUGAGUGUGGCAAGUGUGAGUGUGGCAAGUGUGAGUGUGGCAAGUGUGGCAAGUGUGAGUGUGGCAAGUGUGAGUGUGGCAAGUGUGAGUGUGGCAAGUGUGAGUGUGGCAAGUGUGGCAAGUGUGAGUGUGGCAAGUGUGAGUGUGGCAAGUGUGAGUGUGGCAAGUGUGGCAAGUGUGAGUGUGGCAAGUGUGGCAAGUGUGAGUGUGGCAAGUGUGAGUGUGGCAAGUGUGAGUGUGGCAAGUGUGGCAAGUGUGAGUGUGGCAAGUGUGAGUGUGGCAAGUGUGGCAAGUGUGAGUGUGGCAAGUGUGAGUGUGGCAAGUGUGGCAAGUGUGAGUGUGGCAAGUGUGGCAAGUGUGAGUGUGGCAAGUGUGAGUGUGGCAAGUGUGAGUGUGGCAAGUGUGGCAAGUGUGAGUGUGGCAAGUGUGAGUGUGGCAAGUGUGAGUGUGGCAAGUGUGAGUGUGGCAAGUGUGGCAAGUGUGAGUGUGGCAAGUGUGAGUGUGGCAAGUGUGAGUGUGGCAAGUGUGGCAAGUGUGAGUGUGGCAAGUGUGGCAAGUGUGAGUGUGGCAAGUGUGAGUGUGGCAAGUGUGAGUGUGGCAAGUGUGAGUGUGGCAAGUGUGGCAAGUGUGAGUGUGGCAAGUGUGAGUGUGGCAAGUGUGAGUGUGGCAAGUGA